AUGUAUUGUCAUCCACAGGUGAUGAACACAGUUUUACGACUAUGGUGGACAUGUUUUCUCUGCGGAAUAGCCGCCGACAGCAUGAUGUCAUCAGACUUCAUACCAAUCGGAAGGGAUAGUGAAGAUGGUGCUGUACAACGCCAUCUACUCCAUCGACGGCAUAGGCAUCGGGCGUCGACGGCAGAGCAACAACAUCUGCGGGCUUUAGAAGAGUAUGAACAGCAACGAGAAGAGUAUCGUCAGAAAGUUAAGGAGGCCAACGACCAGUACUUUGACCAGUACCUCGAACGAAUGAGGCAGUACGCAGCACAAAUCCAAGUAAGAAGGUACCAAGAGCUGUUACAGCGACAGCAAAUGGAACGAGAUAGUAUAGCGAAGACAAUGGGACACUUUGGAGUUGCCACGCCAGAUCUCCACUCAGGGACGACAUUGGAGAGGUCACGAGAAGAAAAAGAGGAGAGGCCAUCGAGUCCUUUCGGGGACUUGCAACCCGUGCAGAAAAGUGGUCGCGAACCUCGAAGCAGAACUUCGGGUAUUAUGAACCUGCCAGAGCAGCAUACGCCAUCCCAAAUCGAGCCUCGACCUGAAAAUCGUGAUGUUCAUCGAAAAGCGAUGGCUCUAGAGGCGCUUUGUGCGAGGUUCCAACCGACAGUUCGGAAGCAUUGUUAUGGUAGAGGAACGGCUAGGGAGUACGCGAGACGCUGUGCGGCAUAUUUUCAUGAUUGCCAGAGUUUCCUGCCCCGAUCGGAUCCUCUCUACAGCAUUGCGAACGCAUUUAACUCUAAUGUCGGACUGAAUCUUGGUACUGUAGAGGAUUGCCAGAGUUUCCUGCCCCGAUCGGAUCCUCUCUACAGCAUUGCGAACGCAUUUAACUCUAAUGUCGGACUGAAUCUUGGUACUGUAGAGGUAAACGGUAUCCCAUACUAUCCCAUCAAUGAAGAAGCCUUCCAUCUUGCUCUUGCCCCACCCCUACCCCCUCUUGUAGACUUUGCCUAUAUGGUUUUAGGAUCGAUUGGCGUUGGACGAGUCGCGAACGUUCCAUUUGGAUCAUGGGGUGGUGGAUACGCAGAAAAUCUUGGCGUCAGGGACUAUUGGUCACAAACUAUGGAAGUUGGUGCCAACUGGUACGAGGGCAAGUACGGCUAUAAAUCCGGAUGGAGUGUUCCUCUAGUGCAAUCGCUUGGUGUUGAAGGCGACACACAUGCUGUGGUAUCAGUGCCGAUCAAACAAGGGGAGCUCGGCAAGCCAAUAGGGGUCGAUGUUGGUGGCGGAGUAGGACCGUACUAUCAGCAAAAUCAGCAUGUCGGCGUCGACUAUAUGAACGGACAGGUCGGAACGAACUUCGGUGUGGGCGUUCCAUUUGCUGGAGUUGGGGUGAAUACUGGGCUCGGAGUAUCCUUCCCAUCAGUCAACGAUAUUGAACUGGAAGAAUCUCUAUUAUUCUAUGCACUAAUAAAAAUAAGCACGACAUCCUCAUUUAGUGAUAGACGUUAG